UAUUUCUUAUUUGACCAAUCAACUCUACACUCCCACCUCUUAGGGUCAUUCUCCUCAAUUGACCCUUCUCAAUUUCAUCUUUCUAGGGUUUCCGUUUUUCACUUUUUCCUCUACAAUCACAGCCACAUAUUCAUAUAUACAGUGUAAUUCUAUUGAUUUUUUGAAGAAAAAAUGAAGCUUUUGGUGGAUUCAUCAACCCCGUCAUCAUCAUCAGCUUGUAAAGAGAUUAAGGUUUUUGGUGAAAGUAAUAUUUUUCCACCUGGGUUUAGGUUUCACCCGACAGAUGAGGAGCUUGUUGUGUACUACUUGAAGAGGAAGAUCUGUCGGCGCCGGAUCUUGCUUGAUGCUAUUGCUGAGACUGACGUGUACAAGUGGGAUCCUGAGGAUUUGCCUGAUUUGUCCAAGUUAAAAACUGGAGACAGGCAGUGGUUCUUCUUUAGUCCCAGAGAGAGAAAAUAUCCCAAUGGAGCACGGUCAAACAGGGCAACAAAGCACGGAUAUUGGAAAGCUACUGGAAAGGAUCGUAUUAUUACAUGCAACUCUCGUGCAGUUGGAGUCAAGAAGACACUUGUCUUUUAUAAAGGCCGAGCACCUGUAGGUGAACGGACAGAUUGGGUGAUGCAUGAAUAUACCAUGGAUGAAGAAGAGCUGAAAAGAUGUAAGAAUGCACAGGACUACUAUGCACUUUACAAGGUCUUUAAGAAGAGCGGGCCUGGCCCCAAGAAUGGUGAGCAAUAUGGUGCAUAUUUUAGAGAGGAGGACUGGGUUGAUGAUGAGUGUCCAGUAGCCGAAGUCUCUGUUCAGCAGGAGAAUUCCACAAAGCACGUUAAUGAAGUUCCAGCUGCUGCUGAUGAUGCACUUGAGGAACUGCUGAAACGUAUUGCAGAUGAUGAGCAUGUGCUUCUUGAGCCUUUCUUUGUAGAUAACGACUAUGCAUUGGAUCAGCUUGUACAAGAGGAAGAUACUGAAAGUACCUUGUUAGAUCAGUCCUCAAUGGAAGUUAAUUUGUACAAUCAUUGUGCUGUUGUUGGCCCAAGCUGCCAGCAGUAUAAUGCGAACACAAGCUUUGACCUGACACAAUCAGGCACAUCACAAUUGCAGUUGCACGAGGCAGCAGAGGUCUCAUCUGCUCCUGUGAAUCCUGAAAAGGUGCUACCUGCGGUGGAAGAGGAUUUCCUGGAAGACUUUCUGGAGAUGGAUGAUCUUCUUGGUCCAGAACCGAGUGUUCAAAACUUCGAUGAUUCAGCGCUCUCUAUUCAAAACUUUGAUAAUCAAACACCAAAUGGUCAAAUCUUCGACAAGCCUGCUGGAAACCUGGGGACUGUGCAGUUUGAUGACUUCGAUGGCUUAGGAGAGUUUGACCUGUAUCAUGAUGCACACUUGCUUCUUGAUAAUGAGGGGACAUCGGUGGGGCAAAAUGCUGAACUAUAUAUGAACAACUUUGUGAAUGGGAUUGCAUACCCAGAUUCCACUACAUACAUGAGCACUUUCCAAAAUGGCAUGAUGAACAACCGGCAGAUGCACUUGAAUCAUGAAAACCAGAUAAACCAUCAAUUAUGGAGGCAUGACGAAAGUUUCAACGUCUUUAACCCCAUUGAAGGAGACCAAUCAGUUGUUCAUCAAGCAACUUCAGAUGGAUGGUAUUGAAUAACCAUGUCAUCUUCAGCAUGGCAAGAACUCUUUUGCCCAAGUGGAAAUGGGGGAGUUUGAGCCAGCUUCAAGAGCUCUUCUGCUGUUAAUAUAUUGGUGCUAGAUUUUAUUCUAACUUUAGCAAGUUCUGGCAAUGUUUAGGUGUGGUAUAUGAUAAUAAUACAAAUCAUCCUGUGGGCGCAAAUCAAAAUCCAAUAGCCAAAAAGAAUGAUGGUGCACAAUCGUGGAUCUCCUCUAAUUUGUGGGCUUUCGUGGAUUCUAUACCCACCACACCUGCUUCAGCUGCUGAAAGUGCUCUAGUUAACAGGGCCUUUGAGCGUAUGUCUAGCUUUAGUAGGAUGAAAUUAAAUGCCAGGAACAUGAAUGUUGCUGCAGGUAAUACCUCUGCAGCUUCAAGUAGUUCGGGCAAAUCCAAAAAUGGAUUUUUUUGUUUUUCUUUACUUGGAGUACUUUGUGCAAUCUUGUGGGUGUUAAUAGGAAUUUCUGAUAAAAUCCUGGGGAGAUA